AUGGUGGGUGUUCUGAUUUUUCUUGCUGCCAAGUCUGGAUUUAUAAAAGACACAAGGGAAGCUGCUGAGUUCCAAAAUUUUAUUAUUUGCGUUGAGAUGCUUAUGGCUGCUGUUGGUCAUCUUUAUGCAUUUCCGUACAAAGAAUACGCUGGCGCAAAUAUUGGUGGCUCUCGUGAGUUUACAGCAAGCCUUGCACAUGCUCUGAAGUUAAAUGAUUUCUACCAUGACACAGUCCACCAGUUUGCACCAACUUAUCACGACUAUGUACUCUACAAUCACAGUGAGGGUGACGAGGGAGCGAGGAAAUACCGUGCACGGACCUUUGUUCCAACUGGCGCUGAAAUGGAUACUGUUAGGCGAAACAAGCACAUGUUUGGAAACAAGUUGGACGAUACACAGGUUUCUAGUCUUUCAUCUUCUGGUAAUAACACUCAUUUUCCUAGCACAACGCCUAAUUCUGCAAAAUCAGAGGCAAUGAACUCUUCCUUGCUAAGGGAUACCUCAAAUUCUCUAUCUGUGCCCUAUGACCUAUCACUCAUUGACAUAGACAUGUCUAAUUACUCGGCAAAAUAA